GCCAAUAUGAAGCUUCUACUGGUGUUACUGUCGGCUUAUAUUCUUACUUCUUGCUUGGCUGAACGGUUGAGGUUCGAUAACUACAGGGUUUAUAGAGUGAGCCCAACGAAGGCGUCUCAACUGAAGGGACUUCAAACUUUGGAGGCCAACAACCAGGAUGCUCUGGUUUUAAACAAUCUUCAUCUAGGGCCCACUGAUUUCCUCGUUGCACCCAGCUACGAUGAAACCUUCUUAAAACUCCUCAAAGACUUGGAUCUUUCUCCGGAACUCAUCGAUUCAAAUGCCCAGGCCAGUUUAUCCCUGGAUAUAGAGCCCGUUGCGGACGCAAAUCGUCGAAGUGAUGACUACUCAUGGACGGAGUACCACGAACUUAAUGACACGCAUCGUUGGAUGCAGAAUCUGGUGGCCAAGUACCCGGAUAUCGUCAGUGUCUUUGUGGCAGGUCAGAGUUACGAGGGACGUGAGCUGUUGGGCCUGAAGAUCAAUCACAAAGAUGGCAGAGCCGGUAAGCAGGCCAUCUUCUUGGAGGCAGGAAUGCACGCUAGGGAGUGGAUCGGUCCGGCCACUGCCACGUACUUUGCCAACGAACUGCUCACCUCCCAGCAACCGCAGAUGAUGAGCCUCGCCAGAUCCUAUGUGUGGUACAUUCUGCCCCAUGCGAACCCAGAUGGAUAUGUCUACACCCACAAAACGAAUCGCAUGUGGCGCAAGACCCGAAGUCCGCAGGAUAAAAACUGUGUUGGAACUGAUCCAAAUCGCAAUUGGGACUUCCACUGGCGCGAGGUGGGUGCUAGUUCUGAUCCCUGCUCGGAGUCCUAUGCCGGACCCAAGGCCUUUUCCGAGCCCGAGGUGGAGUCGCUAUCCCAGUACCUAAGAUCCCUCCCGGAACCCAUGUUCAUGUACCUCUCGCUGCACUCCUUCUCUCAGUUGUUGCUAUAUCCCUAUGGACACACGUCCACACUGCCAGAAAAUCACAAGGAUCUGGAAAUAAUCUUCAACGCAGCCGUGGGUGCCAUGAAACGGCGUUACGGAACCCGGUAUACGGGCGGAAAUGUCUACGAUGCCAUCUAUCCGGCAGCUGGUUCCAGUAUGGAUUGGGUUUACGGGGCUCUAAAUGUUAAGUACUCCUUCUGCUACGAACUUCGUCCCUCGGGGUACAGUUUCUGGACCGGCUUCAGACUUCCCGCUGCCCAAAUAAUACCCACGGGUCAGGAGACCACAGACUCGCUGGUGGAAAUGAUUAAAGCUGCUGCUCAAAUCGAGGGUUACAAAAUCGAAUAAAAAGAGAGAGCUUUCCUAGAAACUCAAACAAAGUAUUUUUGAUAAGAUACGAAGGGAAGAGAUCUAUUGUUUGUGACAAAAACCAAACAUAACCUUGCUUGAUUAUCAAAGAUAACUUAGACGGUUUGAUAAGAUGAAAGCUACAAAUUCGCUUAGUCAAUAUUCAAUAGAAAAAUAAACUAUUUGAUUUAUAUUAA